AGUGUUCACUAGAGGAGGGGCGAUGCAUGAUGGUCUGGAAGCGGACACUCGGAUCACUGCAGCGUUUAACACGCUGACAACUUGAUGUCAUCUGGGUGGAAUAUGUUCGCUGGGAAAGAUUUAUUUCUGUUCUGAGGAAUUAUGCGUUUUGUCGCUUGUUUUGUAUGGGAGUGAGUGAGUUGUUUGGGGAAAGAUGGCGCGCCCUCUGCUUAGCUUUGGUUUGGCUGUGGCUCUGUUAGGAAUGGCCAUGUUCACACUUCCAUAUGGAAAAGCCGAAGCUAAUGUUAAAGAGGAGGAGAACUCUUGUCAAGGUGCCUUCGACUUGUAUUUUGUCCUCGACAAAUCUGGAAGUGUCAAAAACCACUGGAUUGAGAUCUACUCCUUUGUGGAACAUCUCGCAGAGAAAUUCACAAGCCCAAUGCUAAGGAUGUCCUUCAUUGUCUUCUCUACGCAUGGAUCUAUCAUCAUGGGACUAACUGAAAAUAGGGAUGAGAUUACCAAAGGCCUGAGUGUGUUAAAGAAAGUGGUACCAGGAGGUGACACUUUUAUGAAUCUUGGAUUACAAAAGGCAAAUGAACAAAUAUAUCAUGGAAAUUAUGGGACAGCCAGUGUUAUCAUUGCUUUGACAGAUGGCGAGUUAAAUACAAAUCAGUUCAUCACAGCACAGCAAGAGGCACAGAGGGCCAGAUCUUUUGGAGCCAUAGUUUAUUGUGUAGGAGUGAAAGACUUUAAUCAAACACAGUUGGCUACCAUUGCAGAUACCAUUGAGCACGUGUUUCCUGUUGUCGGAGGUUUCCACGCCCUGAGGGGAAUGAUCGAUUCAAUAAUCAAAAAAUCGUGCAUUGAGAUUUUAGCAGCAGAACCAUCAAGUGUGUGUGCUGGAGAGGCAUUCCAAGUGGUUGUGAGAGGCAACGGCUUUUUGUACGCCAGAAACACCAAUCAGGUCUUGUGCAGCUUCAAAGUCAAUGACACGGUCACAGUGAAUGAGAAGCCUGUAAACAUCGAAGACACACUUCUGCUUUGCCCAGCCCCAGUUAUAGACGAAGUUGGAAAGGUGAUAUAUCUUCAAGUCAGCAUGAAUGAGGGCUUGUCUUACAUCACUAGUUCAGUGCACAUCACCACUACUGAAUGUUUUGAUGGCACCAUUCUCCUCAUUUCAUUACUGGUGCUCUUCCUGCUCGUGGGACUGCUGCUGAUGUGGUGGUUCUGGCCUCUGUGCUGUACUGUGGUCAUUAAAGAGCCACCUCCUCCACCACCUCCUGAGCCUGAGUCUGAUGAUGAGAAUGGUAUGCCAAAGAAGAAGUGGCCUACAGUUAAUGCCUCUUACUAUGGGGGCAGAGGAGUUGGAGGCAUUAAAAGAAUGGAGGUGCGCUGGGGGGAGAAAGGCUCUACAGAGGAAGGCGCUAAGCUGGAGAAACCCAAGAAUGCAGUGGUGAAGAUGCCUGAGCAGGAGUUUGAGCCUUAUGAGCCCAAACCGAGGAGGUCAACAGGACACAGGCAUUCGCAACAGAGGAGGUGGUACACUCCCAUUAAGGGGAAACUGGAUGCUCUGUGGGCUCUGCUCUGCCGUGGAUAUGACCAAGUGUCCCUCAUGAGGCCCCAGCCUGGAGAUCAGGGCCGAUGCAUCAACUUUACGCGGGUGAAAGACGAGGCAGUCAGGGCUCCACCACGUAGCCCUCCUCCACCUCCACCACCGCCAGCAGAGCACCGACCCCUGAUACACCCCUCCACCUCAGCACCUCCCAACCGACCAUCCCGCUCACCACCCAGACCCCCACCAGUGCGAUCACCCCACAAACCCCCACCGUCACGAGCACCCCCAAGACCCCCAAGACCCCCUCCUUCUCUUCCCCCACCCUGCCCUGGGAACCAGCACUGAGAACAAUGCAGAAUCCUAAGCACCCUAAGAGUUGUUGCUGGACAGCAAAAAAGUCAACUACUGUUUAUCCCCAGAGAUGGAUGAGAUGUGAUCUAACUUACUUAGCUGGGCUUUGGGUCUGCUUUAAAAAAAAUCAUAUUGUUUGUGAAUGAUCAUGUGUUAUGUAGUCAGAAUGUAUAAAUGUUUGAAAAGUUUUAUUUUUGGGCUUGAAAAUGAAAUUAACAUGUUAACGUAUUGCAUGUUUGGAUGGCUGAAGGUUUUGGCUGAAAGCUGAAGAAUCGAGGGUUUAAGCAUGUUGAAGUGUAGGUUAGUCAGCUGUAAGUUCAAUUUAGUUCAAUUCUGUUUUGUAUAGCACUUUUAACAACGGUCAUUGUCCCAAAGCAGCUUUGCAGAAAUAUAUAAAUUCAUGAUAUAGAUUUUAAAUGUAUGAAUUUAUCCCUAAUGAGCAAGCCAGAGACGACUGGAAGUAAUUUCCUAAGGGACUAUCCUUAGAUCACUUGGUAGACCUGUAAAAUAAAGUAAUUGCAACUGCAGGGCAGUUCCAUCCUCUAAUUUAUUUAGCCUUGGUUUCCUGGAAAGCACUUGAGCGUAGAAUGACAGGGUGUCCACCACUGUUACAGGACACUAAGCAUGGCCUACUUUUGUAAAAAAAUAAAUAAAAAUUAAACUAUAUUGAGGAGGGGAAUACAGGGCUUUGGUUUUUAAACAUAGGAUGCUUCAGCAGAUGACUACUGGAUUAAAUUUAAAUGUGACUGUGUUUAGUUACUUUUAUUGAAUAUGAACAACUUUCUCUGGAAAAAAAAACACCCAAACUAAAAAUUGUUCUCUGUUUUUUCUCA